UUUUCGAACUUUGUGCUUGCUCGAUAUUGUAAAUACAAAAGAAGUAUGUGUAAAUUUUUUCAAAUCCAAAUUUUAAUCGCUGUCAAUUUGUUGGGUACCAAAUGUUUCUAGGGUGCUGAAAUCAAAAAAUAUAAGAUUGGCAGAAACUAAAUUUGCAACAAAAGUUUUAACAGACAAUUCUAAGAUGUAGUACUCAAGUAGAAUCAACCUGGCUUUAAGAUGCUGUAUAUCUAUACCAUAGUUUACUGUCUUCUUAUCGCUCCGGCCUUAUCAUUGCUUCCUGAUGACGAUAGCAGCUGCUACCAUAGAUGUUUCCAUCAACACGCCGAAGCCUGUCCUCCACCAGGCAGCCUCUGCAGGUGUCGCCAGUUGCCAAACUGCAAAAGGGCAGCUGUGUGCUGUGAUGUCAAUAAAUUUACUCUGACAGAAGGUUUAGGUUGUGGGAAUAUAAGCUCUGAUGGCCUGGUGGAAGCCUUGCACAUCCGCAACGCUACCUUGGACGUCCUGAACAUCACUCAUCCAGUAUGGAGGAGACUGCGGUUCAUGACAAUCACCGAUGGCCAAAUCAAGCAAGUCGUCGGCGAAUUCGCUAAACAUACGAUCGUUUCGUGCCUUAAUCUGUCUUCCAACGGCAUUCAGAAAUUUGAGCCACGUUCACUUGUUAAUCUUUUCAACUUGAGUUACUUGGAUCUGUCUAAUAAUAAUCUCACUGAUGUGCCUCGAUUCAAGAUGGAAGGUGCUGUCACGCUAGAUAUAUCACAGAACCCAUCAAUGCUAUGUUCGAGUGUCAAGGAUAUUUUAAGUCGACCAGAGAUUUCAUUCAAUAAUGAAAAUUCAACGACAUGUUCGUCAGCAAAAACUUUUCAGUGGUUCAACUCUACCGAAUUUCUUGCCAUUUCGCAGCUCAAACUUUUACAUGAGCUAGAAAAAAAUUGUUUUGGAAAGUGUACCUGUGAACCAUACCGAUUGGACAUGGUAAUGGGCAAAUCGCCUACAUUUGCAGUGGAAGUUAAUUGUUCUGGUGUCAAAUUUGAAAAUAAGCUGACUUCACUUCCUACACCACUACCUCCAAGGACUGUUUUGCUCGACAUAUCUAACAAUAAUAUAACAUCCUUGAAGGAAUUGAGUGACCCUUCCUAUCAAUACCUGACUUAUUUAUAUGCUGACAACAAUCAGAUUUCCUCAAUUCAGCCACUUGAAGGAACUGCUUUCAUGAAUAAUUUUGAGAGUUUGAGUUUAAGGAAUAACAACAUCAAAACUAUUGAAACAUAUCUGUUAUCAAAUAUAAAAUUCUACAGGACAGCCGAACCUAGGCAUAUCAAACUAGGUCUGAACAAGUUACAUUGUGAUUGUCAAACUGCGAUGGAAUUUAAGGUUUGGCUAUUAACCAAGAUACAUCGCGUACCUGAUUACAACGAAAUAGUCUGCGAGAACAUCAACGCCAAAGUGGUGGAGUUGGACCAAACCAAACUUUGCCAAGGCGACCAAGAUUGGACUGAUUAUAUCUACUACAUAAUCACAGCCGAAGUGCUAUUGUUAGUCGGAUUGAUCGCCAAAGUAUCUUACGAUUACUGGGUGUUCAAAACAGCGGGUUACUUGCCGUGGCCUGCUAGCAAGAUGCCGAAAUUGCCGUGUGAUUGGUUGUGUGAAUGAAAUAAAAACAAAAAAAGGUGCGUGUGAGAAAAAGGGUUUUUAUUUUGUAAGGCCACAAUCAUGUUCUUGUGCCCAAGAAAAAAUGCGGCUUAUGGCAGAUCUUAACGAAAAGAAAUUGUGAUAUUUCUGUGGGAGUUAAAAUAUCUUCGAGGCAAACAGUCGUCAGCCCAAAAAUUAAAGUUUUGAGUAAUGAGCAAAACAUGUGCACGUUUUUUUUUCGUGGCACGUUCGUUUGCUAUGUCGCGGGUUUCGAAAUAGAUGCCAUAUUUCUAAUCGAGAUUUCUUCAAAGUAUUUUUGCGAAUUGAAAAGUAUCAUAGUAUCAUAGGAAAUUUUCUGUACUUCUUGAUGAAAAAACCCAAUUCGAAAUUAAAAAGAAAACGUGAUGUUAAGCCGGAAGUAAACGUUUCAAACCAAAAUUUGGGAAACUUCGCAUUUUUUAUUUUUUCUCUCCAAAAUAUAGCUUAAAUUGUGUUCAAAAUACUCUAGACGUUUUAAAAUGGGAAGCGCAUUCACGAAGGAGAGAGAUUUUUAUGUAGGUACAUACAUGUCGCGCUGAGGCUUGUUUAUCGUCUAGUCGGAGAAAAAGGCAUAUUUAGUAAAACUGCAUUAAUGUUAAAAGGAAUAUUUCAUUUUAUAACCUAUACAAUUUUACUUCGCUCGCUAAUACUAGUUCUUUUAACGACAAGGCCUUCUGUCUUGGGGAUGAAUGCAUGAAAAUUGCUUGGUCCCUGGGAUUGUCUUAGCUCAAUUAAAUCGGGCUUCCAUGAAAAUUGUUUCAUGCUGGGUCUUCUUUCGUGCAGUAAAAAAUUGUUGCUUGUUUUAAACAUGAUUUUGUUCAUUGAUAUAGUUACCAAGGCGAAGCAUUUGCCGUUUUAGGCAACUGGAAGCCGGUAGGCGUCGGUAACCGUUUAAGGUUACCUCCCAGAUCAUCGCAUGGUCCCUUACUAUGAGAACAUGCGUGAAAAUGUAAUUCAACAUUGGUAUUAAAGUGAUCUUUAUAAUGGAAUGGAUUAGCGAAUUUGAUUUAUCUGUAAAUAUUGAGAGUCAUAUCUGUUAUAUCGUCGGUGACACAAUAAAACCUCGUAUCUCCAUUUUGUUAAGGUUUACAGGAUUGCUAUAUAUGUACAAUUUUUAAAUUCUGCUAGUUUUGACCAGGUUCAUAAAUGAAAAUGAUAUGUUUUUUAUUAUAUUAGUAUAUAUCACUACACACUUUGGAAUAUGCUUAUUUUUUUAAACAGGUUAAUUUUAUUAUUUAUAUUUUAAAAAAAUGGAGCUACAAGUCUUUAUUUCUCUCAUUAUAUGGAGUUACGCUGAUGCACGAAGAAAAAAUAAAUAUCAAUAACUUAUUCUCAUACAUUUUAUUUGCUCAAAAUAUGUGGCAUAAAGGAAAGUUCAUUAGAGGUGCGGAAUAUUGUCAUAAAAUGCAUAAUAAACCCUCGUAACUCCAUGCUAGACGUAAGAUAAGGUUAAGCCAAUUCGACAGAAAUUCUCGUAAAUCCACCAAACAAGUAAAAAGCAAAAACAAAUUGGUCUUAAAGCAUACAGGUGAAAUUUGACUUUAUGAAAACGUGAAGAAACUUACAUUGAGGAAACAAAAAUAUUUCUGAUCAAUUUCACUAGAAUACCACUAGAAAAAAACUGCAAAAAGUCACGUGACUGUCGUCGCUUGAGAAAUGGCGCUGUUUAUGGAGAUACGAAGUCUUACGGACUAUUUUUUAAUACAUCGGAGGAGGAUUUCCUUGAGCAAGAUAUUCAAUAGAAAUAAUUUUUUGGAGUUUCAAUACUUUUAUAGGUUUGUUAGUCUAGGUAUCGGCAAUCAGAUGGCACAGAAAUCUCAAUUUUGGUUUUUCCUUUUCUACAAGAUGCCUGUGUAACAGUUUUUUGUAAGCAUAAAAAUUGUAAAAUAUUUUUGAAAAAAUACUCGUAUUAUUGCAAUAUCUCGUAAACAAUCGACCUAAACAAGCACCAAAUAUCAUACCCAGGCUGACAUGCAUGUACAUAAAUAUACGUACCUCCUUAAUUAAUGCGCAUACCAUUUCGAAACUUCUGAUGUAUUUUGAACACACUUCAGGCUAUAUUUUGGAGUAAAAACAUCGGAAAUAGAAAUGCGAAGUUGCCCAAAUUUUUAUUUGAAAUGUUUACUUCCGGUUUAGCACUUAGUUCUUUUUUUAAUUCUAUAUUUGAGAAAAAAUCGUAUCUUCUCUUGCACACCUGAACGAAUUUCAAAAAAUCACUUUUUCACUUCACGUGAAAUGCCAAACAGUUUAGUUGGGCACAAUGAAAAACCUGGGGCCGUCGUAUUUUUGCUGCAAUGUCAAACUAAAAAAGUGUAGCUAAAUAUACCCCAUUCGUAGUCCAUUUACGCCCAGACAAAACACAACAUGCCCAAAAGCGAGAUUGUACAGUUCCGUAUUUUCCUCAAUGGUCUUUGAAUAAUCUAACAAAAUAAAUGAUUGUUUUUAUAGAAAGAAGUGCUCAUACUUUUCACAAUUCUUUAUUCGCUGGAAGUACUUGAAUCAUCGUCCGAAUGGUUAGUAUUAAUUAUUUCACGUUCAAUUUGAAUAUCGAUCAUAUUAUCCAGAUCCCACAUCCUGGUUUCGAUUGUCUCUUGAACGUGACGGAUGCAAUUUUUAAAAUGGUUUGCCGUCACUCUGUUGGCAGCUUCAUAAAACAAAUUUUUCCACCUCAGUAAAUUUGAAUGUUCUAUUGUUUGAAGUCAACUAUAUUUGCACACAUCAUUUCAAUGGGAUUUAAUUCGCAGUGAUAAGGGUGUAGCCGUAAAACGGUCUUAUUUUGGUUUUUUGCCAUUUCGUCAAUAACAUUAAGAUUAUAUUUAUAUUUGUGCUGCCUGACAAGAUGGAUAAGUUCUGCUUUGCCCAUAUUUUCAUUGAAACUAAUGUCUUUUGCUCGGAACCAUUGUUGAAUUUCUGCCUUUCUUGUGAAAAUUGUGGGAAUUUUCUAGUGUGGUAUGCAGCUUUAUCAAGUACAAUGUCGUCAAGAUUUGGGAGUGUUUCUUAUAACCAUCGUUCAAAUAAACUCCCGUCCAUUUCUUCAUGGUAGUCGGUCGUUUUCUUUGACUCAAAUGCCCAUAGGGCAGUGGGCACAAAGCCAUCUUCACUGCCAGUGUGACAGAUAACAAAUCGUUUUCAUUCUCCUGGAAAUAAUUAUUUCAUAUAGUAUUCAAGAAAACUAAUAAUAACACAAGCAGAGUAUCUAACAGGUGUUUGUUCCAAAUCUACCAGAUAUAGCUAAGUCUAGUGUAGCUAAGUUUUCAGCAUGGGCUCAUAGAUUCAGUCUACUUGACACCAUUUUUCCAACACAAAAGACGAACUCGUCAGAUACACGUACCUGACGGAUUCUUUAGGCCAGUGGUUAGUCCAUCUGAGACUUAUCUUGCUGAUUUAAUUGUAGGUCAGCCCUUACUUUAGGUUUUGUAUGUCCUGCAUUUAUCCAGGUUUUAUCCAAGUAAUAAAUCUUCCUGCCCUGGUAUUUCUUUAUUGGUUUUAAAUAAUUUCUUCUCCAUAAAAUAACCUCUUUGCUGUCCAUCAAAAUACUAUUUCUGCUCCGUAUUCUAUAUUCAAAAUGAAAUUCUUUGAGUAAACUAUAGAAUAUGCACCUUUUGAGAGUAAGUCUUCAUCACUAUUAACCUCCUGUGACACUUUGUCUAUGGUGGGAAGUUCCUGCCUUUCAAAAAAUUGAUAGAUUGCAUUCGGAUCAAAAUUAUCAACUGCUGCCUCUUGUGUGGUGGAGACAAUUUUUUGUUUUUUUUUAUAUUCUUCAGCAAUGCUGAAAAUUGUCUUAAGACACAAGCCUGUUUUUUUCACUACAAGUCUUUUAAUAUGAUCAAUUUUCUUUUCAUUUCAUGAUGCUCUAAAAUUUCACUCUUAUAAACGUUAAGGACAAUUUCUUUUGCCUGAAUAUUUAAAUGUCCCUUUUUGUCACGUUUUCGGGGAGGAGACAUCACUGGAGAGGAAGCAUAGCUGAAGGAAGCAUUGGGAGAAAUAUCCUGUUUUAUCUGCUGUAUCCGUAGAUGACAUGCUAACGUAUAAACAUACGCAUCUAGGCACCGAAUAUGAACAGCAACGGCCGGCGAUACCCCGAGCCUGAGUUCUAUCCUGUCGAAUCCUGCACUUGUUCGUAGUUUUAUGCCGAAUGACCAAUAGCUAUUGCAACGCUUAGGCGGCUGCCGCUUUGCUGCGCUGCAUCUUUGUGGUGCCAGGGCGUAAUUGGACUAUAGGGUAUAGUAACACUUACUCAAAAAUGGGCCAAACUGAACUUGCGGCCGUUUACCUCUAAAUUAUAGAUAUGAUCUUGGCAAAUAAUGUAAGGACCAUUUUUGAUUACCAAUUUAUAGUGCCUUAUGAGGGUACAAAAUGCAGAAUUAUAUAUUUUAUUGUAUUCAGCCAUUGAUUAACAUAAUAUACAGGGUGUUUCAGAACUAAGGGAUCAGGGGUUAUUCAGUGUAACAGUAGAAAACAUUGAGUAUAGGGACCCAUAUCCGGAAAAGUGUCACUACGGUCCUAAGACGCGUUAAAAUUUAGAAAGACGAUGAAUUGCCUAAAUAGUAUUUAAUGUAUUUAAUUUUUGCCUUUUGUACAUGAUAUCAUCACAACAAUUAUUCAAAAUGUCUUCCUCCAACCUGAAUACACCGAUUUAAACGUCGCACAUGAUUUCGGCGGACUAAAAAUUUGAUACUCGUUUCGAAUCAUUUCAAAUGCUGCCGUAAUUCGUCCAAUUAAGUCUUGCUCUGUUUCUACUGGAGUUUCGUAAACCAAAGACUUUACAUGUACCCAUAGGAACGGUGUAUUCAGGUUGGAGGAAGACAUUUUGAAAUGUUUUCUACUGUUACACUGAAUAACCCCUACAAGUUCAUAGAUCAUUUUCAUAUGAUGUCACUGCCUGGUUUUCUAUUGGUGGGAGGAUGACCGCAAAUGGGCUGCCAUUUAUUUCAUUCUAAAUUAGCUCCAAUAUUUUUACUUAUAUCUCUCAAAUAUUUGGUUCAAAUAGUCGGGGAUGUUUUGGAAAUUGUUACUGUUUUUUAGUUAUUUGCAAAUACGUAUAGAAAUGCAUUCCUUUGUGUGGUGGUGAACUAAAUCAUUUAACAAUCCACCAUCACACAAAGAAGGACAUUUCAAUAGUUCUUUACGCAUAACUGAAUAACUAAACAUUUCCAACAGAUUCCGGUCCGUUUGCACCCAGAAUUUUAGAGAUGUAAGCAAAAAUAGAGGAGCUAAUUCACAUCGAAUUAAAUGACAGUCAGUUUGUGUUUGUCCUUCAACCAAUAAGAGUAGCUGUCAAAGUCACGUGUGUCUGUGCAUAAAACUAUAUAACUGUCGACCACCGCUUUCAGACGUCAGCUUUGCCACUUCUCGCACUGUUGCCGCCGUUUGUAGAAUUUCGUUUACCAUCAUUCAACAAUUUGGCGAAUACGAUUCUUAGGAAUAAUUACGUGGUAGAUUGAGACCGGAUCUUCCAUUGGAAGGUUGAUGUUUUAUGUUUAAGGAUAAAGAACUUUCUUUAAAUGUAAAUGAAGGCUGUUUUUAUUACUUUUAAGGAAACUACUGAUAUCCUACAAUAUCGCUGUGACGAUGAAAAUUGUAGGUGAACGUCCAAAUACAUCAAAAGAAUUUGCAUUUCCACGUUGGAAUACGUUAAGCAAUGAUUGAAUAUAUUUCUAUAAAAUGUGAUGUGUUAUAUACGUAUUCAAUUUUUGGCUUUUGCUGUAGAAUAAUAUUUUGAUUUAUUUGCUGUGAUAUACAAGUGAAAUAUCUAUCGAAAGCAAAUUUAUAUUUAUAUUGGAAAUGUUGCCUUAAGCUAUUCUAGAACUGCAUAUAUUAAUUUUAUGAGCAUUAUUUAAUAUCAAUAUGGUAAUGGUAAUACAAAAUGAUUCAUGUGAACUAUACAUAAUAAAUAUAUGAAAAUAUUUUUAAUAAAUUUAUAGACAAGAAAAUUUUACAGAUAUUUUGUCUAGCUUUGAAGCGUAUAUUUAUAUGUUAUGAAGUUUAUACAUUUUGUGUUUGAUGUCUGCUAAUCUCAAACAAUGCCAGCAGAAAAAUUUGUCUUUGUCGUGUGUAUGUAUCUUUAUUUUGUUUUAAUAUUUUUGUUUUGCUCUCUUUAUUUUCAUACCUCUGUGUUUCGAUUCCUUCUAGACAUGUUUAUGAUUUGCUGAACAGAUUUUGUUUGCUUUCCACCUCUGUAACCACGAUCAACCGCAUACAACAUUGUUUCAUGAUUAUUAGCAAUCAUCGGUAUGGCGUGUAGGUUUACUUGUUGGAGACGGAUAAACGGAAAGCAAACAAGCGGGUGCGGCCUACUGAAAUGUUUAUUUUUCCAUUAUUCUGACAUUUGAAUUUCAACAUUUAAUCAUGUAUUGCUCAUUUUUGCCUACUAGUCUAAUCAUAUUAGCAAAUUUCUCCGAAAUAACUGUAAAGUCUGGUUUUAUUGAUGCAAGUUUUUCAAGGGGGUAUUUAAAACAUGGACGCAUAAAAUGGGUACACCAAUUUUUUUUUCGGAAAAAAAGAAUGAGAAAAACGUGUUUUUUUGGAUUGAGUCAAAAGUGUUGGCAGAAACGAAAAAAGUCUUCAAAUAAGAUUUUUAGGUAUUCAUGGGACCUACAGAAUGAGACCACACGUGAAAAGAUCCCACUAAUAGUAAAAAAGUUAUGGCCGAAAACCAAGGCAAAAUGUAGAUUUUGGCACUUGUUGCUAAGGCGACGAUAAUUUCUCGCAGCUACUUGAAAUUCUUCAAAUCCGAAGGCUUCUUACUUCUAAAUAACCACAACAAAAUUGGAGUUGAUUGGUCAUGUAGUUUUUGAGAAUUUCUAAUUGUUUAUCACAAAACUCCUGUCUUCCGGCCAUCACUACUAAUUUAUUGAUCAAUAAGGGUUCGUUCAAAGAGCAUUUUAUAGCAAAAUACAGGAGUUUACCUUGCCGACGUGAAUCACAAGCAAUUCUGAAAGAUAAUUGUUAUUUUUAUGCGAAAAACGAAGAGUUACGUUUUUUCUUCUAACAUUCAAACAUGUCGUAUUUGAAAAAUUUCAAGUAGCUGCGUGAAAUUAUCAUCGCAUUAGCCGUGCCGAAACCUGCAUUUUGCCUCGGUUUUCGACCAUAACUUUUUUACUAUAAGUGGGAUCUUUUUACCUUACCUCAUUCUGUAGGUCUCAUAAAUACCUGAAAAUCUUAUUUGAAGAGUUUACAAUUAUUUCGCAAACUAGGGGUAUUUUCGACUAAUAUGAUUAGACUAUGUUAGCUUUUUCGUCAUGUUUGCUCAAUGAUACAGUACAAUAUUUUUUUUAUUGUAUUUCUUUAUCAGUAGUGGUUGUGUUCGUCUAGUGCAUUAUUUUAAUUUACAGGGUGUUUUCUAUGUCUCGUCAUAAUAAAU